CAAUGGACUUCACCGGCAUCCCAGUGGACAAAGUGCUUGAAUUCUUCACCGAUCCCGAACAGAGGCGGAAGUGGAACAAGAAGUCGCCAACAUUCGAGGUUUUGGAAGAGAAGGAAGACUUCAAAGUCGUCUACACAGUAUUCAAGAUGCCAACCGCCUGCGAUGAUCGUGAUGUUGUCCAAUGCUGCGUAGUAAGAUCAGAUGAAGAACCCAUCCGCCAUACCAUCCUCUACAAGAGCUGCAAUCACCCGAGCAAACCACCCACCAGCAAGGGACACAUAAGGGCUGAUGUCGGUGUAAUGGGCAUUGUGAUCAGACCUAAGGAGGGCGAUGAGGUCGCGACCCACGUGACCUGGGUAGGUCAGGUCAAUCUCAAAGGAUGGAUGCCCAAGAUGAUGGUCAACAAGGUCACGGUCGGCUACCCAGUAUCGCUUUAUGACGACAUCAACACGUACUGGAAGAAGUUGACGGGGCAGGAUAAGAAGGAGAAGAAGGACGGCAAGGCAGAAGGAGAAGAGGAGAACAAAGAAGAGGAAGGAGAAGCCAAGCCCGACGAGGAGGUACCUGCCGAGAACGGGGAAGCCGAACCGGAAAAGGCCGAGGAGAAGGCCGAGGAGAAAGCCGAAGAGACGAACGCCGAAGAAAAGAAGGAGGAAGCGGCAUCAGAGGACAAACCCGCCUCAGAUGAGAAACCCGCCGAAGAGGGCGCUGCCACUGAAACAGCAGAAUAGGAUUUCUUCAAGCAAGAAGGGAAAAUGAUUAGAGAGAGAGAAAGAGAAAGUUUUAUCAAAUUGGACAUUUUUUCAAACACAUACCCGAUGUUUGAUUUGUUUGCUUGGAGAGCGUUACUUGUUUAUUGAUGAUAUUUAAAUGAUGCGUUCUUACUUUUAACGUAUAUAGUUCUCUAUCACCGCUGUAUGAUGUAGUUAAGUUACGUUUCCCACAAGUAGAUAAGUGGCAAGAGAGAAUUACAUGUUUCUUGAUGUGAACGCAGAUUUCUCAUGUUCGUCGUGUGUAAACGCACACUUCGUCACCCCUCCCUUUGUUACGUCAAUACAGGGGGUUAAUUCUUGAUUCUUUUGUCCAUUGCACACUGGGCGUCAUUUCGUUUGCGUCAGUCGAACCUGCAAUGGCAAUUAGCUCAUACGCCAGGAACUAAACGCAACGUUUG